GUCAAGCAAGUGCGUCAACCAAGCACAUGGUGGUCUCAGAUGCUUCAACAAACUUUAUAAAAGGCACUCGCUGAUCAAUUGUCGUGCAAUUUUAUUUUAAACAACCAAAUAAUAUAUUCCAUUCAAUAACUUUUCAGCAUCAUGGCUUCACCUAAAGAAGUUGUCGGUUUCAAACUCGGAAAAUUAAUCAUCGAAGGCAAGACAAAGCAAGUAUUUGACUUGCCUGAUGUGCCUGGACAUUGUAUGCUCAUCAACAAGGACAGAAUCACAGCAGGCGAUGGCGUCAAAGCGCACGAUAUGGAAGGAAAGGCCGAGAUCUCAAACCAGACGAAUGCGAAAGUCUUCGAAAUUCUUAAGGCUGCAGGUAUCAAAACCGCCUUCGUGAAAAUUGCGUCACCAACUGCAUUCAUCUCAAAGAAAUGUGAAAUGGUACCAAUUGAAUGGGUAACCCGAAGAUUGGCUACUGGUUCUUUCUUAAAGCGUAACCCUGGUGUACCUGAAGGAUUCCGUUUCACACCUCCCAAACAGGAAACCUUCUUCAAAGAUGACGCUAAUCAUGACCCACAAUGGUCUGAAGAACAGAUUGUAUCUGCUAAAUUCAAUGUUAAUGGAGUCGUUAUUGGUCAGGAUGAAGUUGAUUACAUGAGAAAAGUAACAAUACUCGUCUUUGAAAUAUUGGAAAAGGCGUGGGCCCUUCGUGAUUGCGCUCUUAUCGAUAUGAAAAUCGAAUUCGGAGUUGAUACAGAUGGAAAUAUCCUACUCGCCGAUGUUAUCGAUUCUGAUUCAUGGAGGUUAUGGCCUUCCGGAGACAAGAGAUUGAUGGUUGAUAAACAGGUAUACAGAAAUCUAUCAACAGUGACCGCUGCUGAUUUGGACACAGUAAAACGUAACUUCGCAUGGGUAAAAGAUCAGUUAGAUCACUUGAAGCCGACCAUACAUCACAAGGUUGUUAUCUUCAUGGGUUCCCCAGCAGAUGUCGAACAUUGCAAGAAAAUUGCCAAAGCUUCCAAAGAGCUAGGUUUGGACGUUGAUCUACGUGUUACAUCAGCGCACAAGGCCACUGAAGAGACACUUCAUAUCAUGCAACAGUAUGAAGACACCCACGGUGCACUAGUAUUCAUUGCUGUGGCUGGCAGAUCAAACGGUCUUGGCCCAGUGCUAUCUGGCAACACUUCAUAUCCCGUCAUCAACUGCCCACCCCCAUCUGAUAAACUUGUUCAGGACAUCUGGUCAUCUCUCUCCGUACCCUCCGGUCUUGGAUGCGCUACCGUUAUCUAUCCCGACAGCGCGGCACUUAUGGCAGCUCAAAUUAUCGGCCUUCAAGAUUACAUCAUUUGGGCCCGUCUUAGAGCUAAGCAAUUGGAAAUGGCAGCAUCCCUAAGAGUCGCAGACAAGAAAAUCAGAAACUUGAGCUUGGAAUAAUCUAAGAAUUUUUAUAUCACUUAUUGUUAUUUCAAUCGAAUAUUAGUCGUUAAACUUUCGAACUGCUAUUAUAAGGUUGUUUUUAUAUUAUUUCGUCAAUGUUUACUAUAACAUUCCAUGUUAUACAUAAUAAAAAUUAUUUUAUGAUA